CGGCAAUCGUCCUGCCGGUGAACCCGCAGUUCCUGAAAAGUCCCGAGGCUGAGAGGCUGGAGAAGCAUUUCUUUUCAUGAGAAAGGCACUUAAGAAAAGGAGCAGCUUCUCCCCCUGCACACAAACUCCCACCAGAAAAUUGCCGGGGAAGAGGGCUCGCCUCUGCCUUCACCCCAGGGCUGCUUCCGACCCCAGACGGUGAAGGCUGGCCAAGACACACACGCACAAAACAAGUCAUAAGAAAAAUAAACGCAAACCCCCAAGCAUCCCUGUCCUGUUGCAAACACACAGCCUGGCAGGCAAAUCUAAACACUUCCCUGCCUUGGCUCUGCGGGGCUGCAGGAGACAUUGGCAGAUUUCAAGUAGCCAGAAAGUGGCUUGCAAAAAUAAAAAUAAAUAAAGAAAGAAGAAGAAGAAAGAAAUAAAAAGGAGGGAGAGAAAAAAUUAAAAAUCCUCCUUCGGGGUAGGAAGGGACCUGGGCAGCUGCAUCCACACCGGUCCCAGCACGGCCCUCUGCAGCCUGCUUUUCCUGCUGGUGCCUGGGGACACCUCCCUUCCUCCUCCUCCUCCCCCAUCCCUCCUCCUCCUCCCCGUCUCCUCCUCCUCCACCUUCUCCUCCUCUCCCUCUCCUCCUUCUCCUCCUCCUCCUCCUCCCCUCUGCACCGCUGAUUGGUCCAGCCCGGCUAUAUUUUGCCCCUUCCAGCUCAGCAUCAUCCCAAAAGUUUUUUUUGGGGGGAAAGGGAAAAAACAAACAAAAAAAAUCUAAAACCCCCCCAAACAAAACAAGCCGACCCUGAACCCCCUGAAGCCGCCCCAGCGCAGGCGAGGGAGGCGAGCGGCUGUGCUCCCUGCUCGGCAGCUCCUCGGACCCGGUGGACGCGGCGGGACCCGGUUCUCACCCGGUCGAGUCGGACACAAAGUGCUGUCCAGCUGGAAUGAAUAUAUCUGAGUCAAACUACUGCCGAGAGGAGAUACCGCAACCCCGGGGCGACUGUUCAUGGGUCACCGCCGCCGGGCCGGCCGCUGAGCCCGGGCUCGCCUUCCCGCGCCCCCCGGGAGCCGCCUCCCCCGCCAGCCGCACGCCCAGCCCCGAGCCCGGCUUCGCCUUCGGCCCCGGCGCCGGCGGCGCGGCGCCCGGCGCGGCCCCCAGCCGCACGCCCAGCCCCGAGCCGGGCUAUGGAUACAGCCCCCCGGCGGGCCGCGCCGACGGCAAGGCCGGCGAGGACUCCCGCAUCCGCCGGCCCAUGAACGCCUUCAUGGUCUGGGCGAAGGAUGAGCGCAAGCGGCUGGCGCAGCAGAACCCCGACCUGCACAACGCCGUGCUCAGCAAGAUGCUGGGCCAGUCGUGGAAGGCGCUGAGCGCCAGCGACAAGCGUCCCUUCGUGGAAGAGGCAGAGAGGCUGCGGAUCCAGCAUCUACAGGAUCACCCCAACUACAAGUACCGCCCAAGGAGAAAGAAGCAAGCCAAGAAAAUCAAGAGGAUGGAACCCAAUAUCCUCCUCCAUAACCUUUCCCAGCCUUGCAGUGACAACUUCAGCAUGAGUCACCAUGGUGGCAGCCAGCCGGGCCACCCCCAGCCUCCCCCACUUAACCACUUCAGAGAACUCCACUCCAUGGGGUCGGAUAUUGAAAACUAUGGCUUGCCAACUCCUGAGAUGUCUCCCUUGGAUGUCUUGGAACAGACCGAGCCAGCGUUUUUCCCUCCGCACAUGCAGGAUGACUGCAACAUGAUGCCCUUUCGCGGCUACCACCACCAUCACCAGAUGGAGUUUCCCCAGGAGAAGUGCAUCGGGCGGGAUGUGGCGGUGCCCUAUGCGCAGACCCCCUCGCAUCUGGCCGAUGCUAUGAGGACUCCCCACCCGUCCAGCAUAUACUACAACCAGAUGUGCUCGGGAACUCAGAACGGGCUUUCGGCCCACCUGGGCCAGCUCUCGCCCCCUCCCGAAGCCCACCACAUGGAGAGCGUGGAGCACUUGAACCAAACCGAGCUCUGGACAGACGUCGACCGCAAUGAGUUUGACCAGUAUUUGAACAUGAGCAGGACUCGUCCUGAAACCUCAGGACUCCCUUACCAUGUCUCCCUGUCCAAAGUGACUCCUAGAAGCAUCUCCUGCGAGGAGAGCAGCUUGAUAUCUGCCCUGUCCGACGCCAGCAGCGCUGUUUACUAUAGCCCGUGCAUCACCGGUUAGGUCUGCCCCCCCCCCCGUCCGGCGCGUCCGCCGGGAGAGCCCGCAGCGCACGCUCUCCCCGGAAAACCCAAAGCCAUCUUCCUUUAACCACGAGCUCCAUAAUAUUUAGAGUAUCUCAUUAAAUGCAUCGCUUUCUUCUUAAAAAAAAAAAAAAAAAUGCUGAAGUCACUGAUAUACCGUAUAACUAUAUAACACAGCUAGAUGCCUUUCCAAAGCCUGAAUCCUGCCUGAAAAGCGGCGACGAGCAGGACGAGCCAAAGCAGCCCGUCCGCACGCUAACCCGCGGGGCGGUUGCCUUGCCUGGGGGAAGCUUUGGGAGCGCUUCGCAGGGACGGUUACAGAUUCGGUGCCUAUUAGUGGGGGUCUUUAGGACAGUUUUUUCUGUAUUAUCAGCAAUAUAUUUUAAUUGGGCAACAAAACUAUAUUUUUACUAAGCAUUUUUAUAUAUAAAAUGAUAUUUAAUGUCUUUUUUUUUAUUAGACUUUUUAAAAAUAAAUCAAGGGAUAUCCGUGAGAUCUAAAGCAUCUAUGUAGCAAAGCUGGAUUAAAAAAAAAAAUAACCGAAAAAGCAAAACGGAGAUAUUUUGUGAAAAGGGAAUUGCAAUGUAAAUAUUGUGGACCAAUCGACUGGAAUUUUGUACAAAAGAAAAAUACGACUGCAAACACUUUUAUUGUCUAGAACUGUAUGGAGAGCAAACUCUUUUAUAAUGGUUAAUUAUUAAAACAGCUUCAUAUAAUUGUUCCCAUCUUGUGCGCUUGUUGUGUGAACACAUAUUUUCCGCAAAUACAUGUUGUCCCAACCGUU